AUGACUUUGCACUGGCGCAUGUGUGAGUGCACAAAAUCUUGUCAUCGAUCUUCAUAUGUGUUUGGCGGCGUUCUCAAACUGCUCGCACUAUGCAGAUAUGUCCUUGGGCUGGAGCUGGCGCUGGCAUAUAAAUACCACCGCUGCUACCGCUCUUGUUUCCUACCUCUUACCUUCUACAUCUUUCGAAAAUUCCUGAAAUUGGUUACGUCCAAGUCUAUGGCGUUCUGGCGUUCUAAACACCCUAUUUCAACAUGUGGCUUGGAAGCACCUAAAAACACUCUACAUUGGUCGGUAUCCUUCUGCCAGUCUAAGUGCAACAUCACCUCGUUAUCGAAAAACCAAGAGAACAGCUACAUGUCCCGCGGUCUUGGAACCUAA